AUGGACCACCCCGCUGCUAACGUGCGGAUCUUCUUCAGCGUGGGGCCGCGCCACGAGACUGCGAUCUUCCGUUCCGAUACGCCUUCGGAUCAGAUUAAAGAUCUAUUCAGAUCGGCUGCUGAGGCAGGACCUAGGGACAUUCUUAAACUUUACAACACCGACGGCCAAUUGCUGAACAUUUGCUCUGAUCUUCCCUCAAACACUGAAACCAGCCGCUACUCCCUGCAAGUGGUCGCCGCCAACGGCCUGGCGAUGCUGCAGGAGUCCACCGGCGCCGACCUGAAGGCCCUGGAGGCCCGCGUGUCGGCCAUCGAGCGGCAGCUGCGCUGGGAGCUGCCGCUCCCGCCCGCCGUCGAGGAGCUCCAGCGGGAGGUCGAGGCGUUCAAGGAGAAACUGGAGACCAACGAGAGUCUGAGCUGGCUCGGAUUCUACAAGCAACUUCCAGAGCCCCUAUCCAGCGAAGAGUGCCGGCGUCUUCAAUACCGCAGGAAAAGCGAUUCGGUGAAGAAGCGCGUCAAGCAGAAUUUUGCUAAUAUUUGUGACGCUCAAGUUUCGGACGCCAUCAGACAGUGGCUGCGGCUGCCGACGUUCGACGCCCGCCCUUGGGAGGACGAGGAGCUGCUGCUCCUGCUGCAGCAGAUGUACCUCGACCACGAUCUCUGCACGAAGUUCGCCAUCGACAUCGCGACGCUGCGCAACUUCCUCUACGAGGUGUACAAAAACUACAACGACGUCCCGUUCCACAAUUUCCGGCACUGCUUCUGCGUCGCGCAAAUGUUGUACGCGAUUUCGUGGUGCGUGGACCUCUCUUCGAAAAUCGGCGAUCUCGAAGUGCUGAUUCUGCUGACGUCUUGUAUCUGCCACGAUUUGGACCAUCCCGGAUACAACAACAUCUACCAAAUCAACGCUAAAACCGAAUUGGCCAUUCGCUACAACGAUAUCUCGCCCUUGGAGAACCACCAUUGUAGCGUUGCUUUCAGAAUAUUGGAGAACGACGAUUGCAACAUAUUCAGGUCGUUCAGCAGCGAUGACUUCAAGCAGGUGAGGGAAGGCAUGAUCAGGUGCAUUUUGGCGACGGACAUGGCAAGGCAUAACGAAAUAUUGACCAAUUUCAAGGAGAUCGUACCGUCUUUCAAUUACGUGGAUAAGGCGCACGUCAAUUUGUUAUGCAUGGUCCUAAUAAAAGUAUCAGACAUAUCCAACGAAGCCAGGCCUAUGGACGUCGCCGAACCUUGGCUGGACAAGCUGCUGCAGGAGUUCUUCAAGCAGAGCGACGCCGAGAAGCUGGAAGGGCUGCCCGUCACGCCGUUCAUGGACCGCGAGAAGAUCACCAAGCCGUCGUCGCAGUGCUCGUUCAUCGGCUUCGUGCUGCUGCCGCUGUUCGAGGCGCUCGGCGAGCUGUUCAUCGAGCUGCAGGACCUCAUCAUCCAGCCGGUGCGCGACGCGCUCGACUACUACCGCAGACUCAACGAAGCAACGAGGGAGGAAAGACUGCACCGCAAGAGCAUCGUCGAGACGACGCUGAACGAUCAGAACACGCCGACGUCGGGCAGCCCCGACAGCGGAUCGAACGUGCCAAAGUCCAAUUCCAGCAACAAGAUCAAGAAGAGCCUCAGCUUCCAGCAAACCAGGUCGAGAUCGAGGUCCACCGACGAGGAAGUGACCGAAAACGAGGGGGUGCUGGGCGAGGGCCAGAGCCUGGAGGACGUGCAAGAAGACACGGAGAGCGACGAUUCGGAGACUGCCAACGAGGUGGAGGUGUCGGAGAAGACGCUGAAGUUCAAGAUAUCCACCGAGAGCAGCAUCGUCACCACCGGCAGGAAGAGCUAUCCGGGCUCGAGGAAGGGCAGCAGGGAGCGCGUGCAGCACUUGAACCAUUCCGAAAUCGCCAAAAUGGUGGCCAAAGGGAAACUCAGAUGCGGAGGUUUAAGCUUCGAUCAACAUUGCCUGGUGGGCAACAAGAAGCUCUCGUUCGAUCCGCCGGAGUUCCUCGACGAGUACGCUCUCACGUUGAAGAAGAAGUUCGAAGAGGGAUUAUCGAACCGAUCGGACGCGGACGAGACGAGCGAAUGCGUCCUGUCGAAGGAGACGCUGAACCUGAACAAACGCAACUCGGAGCACAGCGUCAAGACGCUAUCGAGCGCCGACGAGAAGAGGAGCAUACUGAAGUGCAGUGAAAAACUACCGUGCUCGGCGAACGAACAAAAACCGCCGGCGGGGGCGGGCGCGGGGGCGGUCGCGGAACCGAACAACAAACAUAGCGUUAGUGAGAAUUGUACCGAAUCGGUGGGCGGCGACGCGAACAGUAUCCUAGUGCAAAAAGACGAGGCGAAAGCGGGCCGUUCGAUAUUCUCCCGCUUCCGGCAGCUCACCGAUCGGCUGGGCCUCUCCGAAAAGGACAAGACGCCCAAGUCGUCGCCGUCGGCCGGCAAAAAUCACAAUUGCUCGAAGCACAAAGGUAAGAAAAAGCAGCGUCGCAAAUUGGACGACGGUAAGAAAGCCAGUACGCUGCCCAAAGCGAAGGGCGCCACUAAGAAAACAUGGAAAUUGUUUGUAGGGAAGGACAAGAGCGCCGCUCUCGAGGGAUGGGCGUCCGACGUCGCCGUCGACCGGCUCGCAUUUGACAAUCAGUCGUUUCCUUCGACUUCGCAGGUGCAAAGUAACUGCGCCAGUCCGAAAUUGGGCAAUUUCAAAAGCGAAUCGACCGUGGAGAAGAUGGAAGAGCCGAUGGGCAACAACGUGGAUAGAUUCGUGGUGGACAAGUGCAUCGCCAGAUUGCAGGAGAUGAAAAUGGAGGAGGCGAUAGCGGGUGGCGAGAACGAGGCGAAUUUGAUAUGA